AUGACCGCCACCCCCUGGGACCCAAAGUCGACGCCGUACCCGCACACUCGCCGUGCCGACACUGUCGAAACGUUCAAGAGCGCAACCCGCGGCGACGUCGCCGUUCCCGACCCGUACUCGUGGUUGCACCAGCCCGACUCUGCCGAGACGACCGCCUGGGUCCAACAGCAGACCGAGUUCACCAACCAGUACCUCGAACAGUUCAAGGACGCCAAGCGCUUCAAAGAAGAGCUCACCAAGAACUGGGACUACCCGCGCUUCUCGUGCCCGGCGCUCAAGGGCGACGGCAACUACUACUUCACGUAUAACAGCGGCCUCCAACCGCAACCCUCGAUCUACCGCUUCCCCAAGGGCCAGGAGCUCACGCCUCCCAAGGCGGGCGAGGUCGGCGGCGAGCUCUUCUUCGACCCCAACCUCCUGUCGACCGACGGCUCGGUGUCGCGUGCGACGAGCGCCUUUUCCGAGGACGGCAAGUACUUUGCCUACGCCCUCUCGCGAUCUGGCUCGGACUGGAACACGAUCUACGUCCGACCGACCUCUGCGCCGCACGACCCGUCGCAGCAAAUCGGCGCCGACGCGGGCCGGCUCGAGCCCGACGUCCUGCGCUUUGUCAAGUUCAGCGGGAUCGGGUGGUCGCGCGACUCGCUCGGCUUCUUCUACCAGCGCUUCCCCGAGCGGGCAGGGCACGGCAAGGACACGGACGACAAGGCCGGCACCGAGACGGACAAGGACGUCGACGCCGCCGUGUACUACCACCGCGUCGGGACGAGCCAGAGCGACGACGUGCUCGUGUACAAGGACGACAAGAACCGCGAGUGGAUGUUUAGCGCCGACAUGACCGAGGACGGCCGCUACAUCGUCCUGACCCAGUCGCGCGACACGGCGCGCUCCAACCUCCUGUGGAUCGCCGACCUCGAGGCGCCCGAGAACAAGGGCCGCGACCUCGGCAACGGCCUCGAGUGGACCAAAGUCGUUGACGAGUGGGGCAGCUCGUGGUCGGACGUCGCCAACGAUGGGUCCAACUACUUCUACACCAACGCGCACGACUCGCCCAACUACAAGGUCGUGACGUACGACCUCGCGCACCCCUCGCAGGGCUUCACCGACCUCGUCGCGCACGACCCCACCUCGCCGCUCACGUCGCUCCACAUCGGCUGCGACGACCAGCUCGUGCUCCUGUACUCGGUCGACGUCAAGGACGAGCUGUACCUGCACGAGCUCGCGACGGGCAAGCGCGUGAGGCGCCUCGCCGAGAACCUCCUCGGCUCGGUCGACCAGAUUGCUGGGCGCCGCAAGGACAAGGACAUGUGGUUCAGCAUGACGUCGUUCACGAGCCCGGGCACCGUGUACCGGUACGACCUGUCGCGCAAGGGCAAGGGCGCCGAGGGCGCGACCGAGGUGGUGUACCGCGAGGCCAAGGUCGAGGGCAUCAAGCCGGACGACUUUGUCAGCGAGCAGGUCUUUUACGAGUCCAAGGACGGGACGCGCGUGCCCAUGUUUGUCACGAGGCCCAAGGACGUCGAGCGUAACGGCAAAGCCCCCUGUUUGGCGUACGGCUAUGGCGGGUUUUCAGCCAGCAUGACGCCGUUCUUCUCGCCGGCCCUCCUCACCUGGAUCAAGCACUACAAGGGCGUCCUCGCCGUCGCCAACAUCCGCGGUGGCGCCGAGUACGGCGAGAACUGGCACCUUGCGGGCACCAAAGAGCGCAAGCAGAACGUGUUUGACGACUUUCAGUGGGCGGCCAAGUACCUCGUGUCGGAGGGGUUCGCCGCCAAGGGCAAGGUCGCCAUCAGCGGCGGGUCGAACGGCGGCCUGCUCGUCGGCGCGUGCGUCAACCAGGCGCCAGAGCUGUUUGGCGCCGCCAUCGCCGACGUCGGCGUGCUCGACAUGCUCCGGUUCGACCGCUUCACGAUCGGGAGUUACUGGACGAGUGACUACGGCGUCCCGAGCGACCCCGAGGCGUUCGACUACCUGUACGCCUACUCGCCGCUGCACAACGUCGACCCGCGCAAGGCGCCGUACCCGCCGACGAUGCUCCUCACGGCCGACCACGACGACCGCGUCGUCCCGCUGCACUCGUUCAAGCACGCCGCCGAGCUCCAGUACCAGUUGCCCGACAACCCCAACCCGCUGUUGAUCCGGAUCGACACCAAGAGCGGACACGGCGCGGGCAAGAGCACCGAGAAGAAGAUCGAGGAGGCGGUCGCCAAGUAUGGGUUUGUCAGCCAGGCGAUGGGCCUCGAGUGGCACGACUAGAGCAGCAGCGGCGGCGGCGGCGAGGGAGGGGCCGGUGCAACGACUUGCGGUCGAGCCUUGUCG